CGAAGUUUGGAGCAGAUCUCGUUAUAAAAGCACCGUAAUUUCCUAAACCACACACAGUUCCGCCUUUCACUGCAAAACGUCAAAAUGCAGUCUUCAAUAAAAAUAUUUCUGUUGCUUGCAAUCUCACUGCUAUUAUUAGCUAGAGUUAACGCGCAAGAUAUAAAUGAGAAUUAUGCGGUUGAUACAGAAAUUGCAGAAUCUCGCGUGUCUUCAACAGGCGACUUCACAUACGAAGAUUACGGGAGCACAGAAAAUAGAUCCGAGCAGCUAAUUGUCAGUAAUGACGCACCCUUUUCUCUGCAGCGCAAAUACAUUGUCACCUUGAUCAAGCUGAACUGGUUUGCGGCUUAUGCUUUCUGCGAGCAAAAUGGUUGGUCGCUGGUCAGCAUUGAAUCGGCGUCGGAGCAAUUUCAAGUGCAAAACUAUAUAAAUUAUUUUAAUCUUGAGAGCAAUGACUUCUGGACAUCUGGCAAUAAGUUGGCCGACUUGCAAAACUUCCGUUGGGGAUAUAAUGGUUCCAAAUUUAGUUACACAAACUGGGCAAUGGGUCGACCCGAUAAUUUCAUGGGCGCUCAACAUUGUGUGAAAUUGCAGGAGCACUUUUUGAAGUGGGAUGAUGAUUUCUGCGAGAAUAGUCAUCAUUUCAUUUGUCAAAUCGAUACACAUCCGACUACCAAAUACGGAUCUACAUAUGAAUGAACAUUUGUACGAAGAAAAACAGUGUUUCUGAAGUCUAUUAAGAGAAACCGUUUCUAAAAAUUUUAAAAAGUUACAGGAGUUUGUGAAGGUGUAGGGAAUGUAUAUUAAAACGAAAAUUAUUUAAAAUCAUUUAAAAAUAUUGCUAAUUGUAUCAAAUUUAACUAUUUCUUUCAUGUCUACUAAUCUUAAAUUCAAAUAAAAUAUUAACUGUGCAUAAAGUUUUUAA